GGCCAUUUGGCCUUAUGGAAUUUUGAAAAAUAAAACUUAUCAGAACUUAUCAAUUUGCUUUAUUCUAAACUUUGUUCAGAAAUAAUUAAAAUUUCAUUCUCUGGAUUAUUUUUUUAGUAUUGUAAAAAUAAUUCAUUGUAACGAUCUUCUAAUAGAAUAGAACAAUCAUAAGCCAUGGUUAUUUUACGUGUGAAUAUGAACAAGGAUAUCGCUCAGCAGGAUACACGUCACUUCCUGCUUUAUUCUAGGAAUUACUAAUUUCGGUUUCACAUCGAUUAUAUCAAAUUUAUUCGACACUCGGUUAACUAUCGCUCGGUGAUACCUGUGUAAAACAUGGGUCGAAAACGAAAAGCCCCGACGCAAACACCGGCAAAACAUGUGAAGUUUGAUGAAACACGGUUUAAUAAAAAAUCGAAAACCGAAGACCAUGUAUUUAUAAUUGAAGGAAAGAAAAUGUAUGUUUCCAAAACAGUGUUGACGAUAGCUUCACCCGUCUUUGCUAGCAUGUUUGAAUCAGAUUUUAAAGAGAAACACUUGGAAGAAAUAGAACUCAAGGGAAAGAAAUAUAAAGAUAUGCUUGAAUUUGUAAAACUUCUAUAUCCUGGUUCAAGAAAUCCUGUAACCAUGGGAACUGUAUUUCUUGUCCUGCCAUUAGCGGAAGAAUAUCAGGUAGACACUAUAAAAUAUGAAUGCGAACAAUGUCUUUUACACGAAGUAGAGAAAAGAACAUCGUCUCGAAGAUCUAAGAAUGUUAAAAUUCUUUGUCAAAUACUGCAGUUCAGUAGCUUAUACAAUAUACCGACCGUUGAGAAAACAUGUAUUGAUAUUCUUUCUAAAAUUCCUCAAAAACAAGUGGAUUCCGCCGAAAAAUCAUACCCAUUGCCUGAUAAAAGUAAAAAUAAAUUGUUAACUAAAGUUAACAGGAGAUUACAGGAAAGAAUAACGAGUAUCGAAGAUGCUAUCGAGUUUAAAGAUCAUAUUAUAGAAUUGAAAGAGGAUGACAUAUCUGACUUGAGAAGACAGAUUCAGGAAGCCAACAAAGAGAGAGAAACUCUGAGACAAAAGCUUUCUGACAGGGAAUGUGAAAAUCGAAGUGAAGGCAUUAUAAAAUUGGAGUUCACUGUCAGCUGUUUAACAACGGCCGGUCAGUUAAGUGACCCAAAGAAAUUUAGGGGACUUAAUUGGCGGUGUAAAGUCACAAGAGAGUGCAUUCCCGGUAUCACGGGGGACGAACAUCUCGGAUUUUGGGCAUGUUUUGACCCAGGUUUCCCAAAUAUGGAAAUGAAUGCUAUUGCGUCUUUUAAGGUAUUGAAUAACAAAGGUGCUGAUUUUUUGUGUUAUACGUCUGAGACUCUAUUUACCACAAAGAAUUGUUCCUGGGGAUACGGUGACAAACUUAAGUGGGAGGAGUUUAUAGAUCCUGAAAAAGGAUACGUAGUUGACGAUAAGGCAAGAAUUGAAUUGUUUCUUGUAACAUUUAAACCACGAUUUGGUAACGAAUAAAUUAUAAUUGAAAUGACAUUAUUGUUUUAGUUUAAAUGUAAAAUAUAAGCUGUUAGAGUAAAUUCAAUAACUGAAGAAAAUGAAUAGAUUGAUGAAUAUG